GGUGCUGGCGGGGCGGCCCGGCCCGGCCCGGCCCGGCCCGUUAAAGGCCCCGGUGAGGGGCGCCCGCGGCACUCGGGCGGGGGCGGCGGGGCCGUGGGCCGGCCCGCACCAUGUACACGCUGACGCGCGGCCCCAGCAAGCUCGCCACGCAGCGCCGCACAGGUCCCACGCAGCAGGCGGUGGAGAGCAGCAAGCUGGGCGAGCUGCGGGGGCGGCCGCAGCCCGGCCCGUGGCCCCCCGCCAGCCCAGCGCAGAAACUCAUCUUCAACAGAGUGAAUGGCAAGAGGCCCCCGCUGCUGCUGCAGCAGAUCUCGGCCCCUGAAGAAUGUUACACCCUGGCCCAUGAGGAGAACGUCCGCUUUGUCUAUGAAGCCCCCCACACUGGCAACCCCUGUUGCAAACCCACCCAGUGCUUGUUCCCCCUCCCCAGCCUGGCAGCAGGUAGAGCAGCAGCUGGACGGCAGCCGGAGCGGGGAGAGCGCCUGCGGCCCCGUGCAGUACGUGGAGAAAACCCCCAACCCCGGACUCAAAAACUUCGUUCCCAUUGACCUGGAGGAGUGGUGGGCACAGCAAUUUCUGGCCAAAAUCGAGAACUGCUCAUAAAAGGGAAGAAAAGGUUGCAUUUGGUUUCUUUGUGAGAGAAACAAAGCUGCGAGCACCUGGUCACAGCCCAGAAUCGGUGGCGUUUCUGAACCACGUUUUUAAAAGAUGCCCCAAGUGGAGUGACCCAGCCCAGCGGGACCGGACCACAGCCAUGCCCGGCCACGCGCCCUCCCCGCGCCCGGCAGAGGAGCGGUGUGCGGCCCCAGCCAGGAUUCCUUAAGUGCCAGUUCUCGGACUGCUGCAGCUCCUGCAGCCUCCAGCUCCCAGGGACACUGCGGUGCCACGCUGGGGACGAGGGAGCAGCUCCCCCCUGCAGCCACGGGAGGACAGUGGGGUGCUGUAGCAGGACCGCCAGACAAUAAAGCGCUGAAACUGC